AUGGCGAUGAGGAAGGAGCUCACGGCUGGUUCGUUCCUCAUUCUCUCAGCUCUGCUCAUCGCGAGCUUUGGCUUGGUGGGUCACUGGCGAGCUCGCCUUUCAAUGGAGCAGCGACUUCAGCACACCCUCGUGCCGGGAUCCUCCUCCUAUCUGUCCGCAAGCAAAUACUUGAAGCAGGUACAGUCGGCAGCCGGACAAGUAGCGUAUGAGAAGAAGCAGGAAGCGAAGCGUGAGGCUGCGAUGCGAGAGGGGAUGAAGCAGGCGAAGCAGCUCUAUCAGUACACGAUGAGACACGGUUAUGGGAAAGAUCAGGACAGGGAGAUGUGGAAGACCCUUGAAGCUUUCAGUCAUAGGAAGUGAUUGAAACCGAGUCUUGCUCUUGUUGAAGUACUUGAUCUUUGCUGUAAACUUUCAUCUCCUCUUC